GGGGCCGCGCAUAGGGUUGCGGAGGGUGGAGCUGUGACAAGAAACCAAACCGUCAAAAAAGUGAAGGGAUACGGACUGGCCACCGACUCGCGUAGACUUGGCCGUUUGUUUAGUAACACAAGUAACGCAUUUGACAGCAGUUGGAAGAGGAUGGAUAAUGGUAAAAGGACAGUUGUUGUGACUGGUUUUGGGCCGUUUGGAGAGCACGCGGUGAACGCCAGCUGGGUGGCAGUGAAGGAGCUGGAGCAGCUGGGUUUGGGCCCAGGUGUGGACCUGCAUGUGCACGAGGUGCCCGUGGAGUACCAGGCCGUCAGCUGCCUGGUGCCGUCGCUAUGGGAACAGUACCACCCGCAGUUGGUGGUCCAUGUGGGUGUGUCUGGGGCAGCCACAGCCAUCACCUUGGAGAUGUGUGGGCAUAACCAUGGCUACAAGCGCCCUGACAACUGCAGCUUCUGCCCGGACACCCACUGCUGUGUUGAGGGCGGAGCUGACUGCAUCAAGUCCGUCAUCGACAUGGAAACCGUCUGCCAGCGGGUGAAGGCCUCGGGACUGGGCGUGUCUGUGACUGUGUCCAAAGAUGCUGGAAGGUACCUGUGUGACUACAUCUACUACCUGUCUCUGCACCUGAGCGGCGGUAGCUCCGCCUUCGUGCACGUGCCCCCCCUGGGGAAGCCCUACAGCGGCGAGCAGCUAGGCCACGCCCUCCGGGCCAUCCUGCUGGAGAUGCUGGAGCAGCUGGGCCAGGACCAGGACGCCAAUCACUGUGAACACGGACACUGAGAGCUCCGCCCCUCCGCCCCACAGCAUCGCCACGGCAACAAGCAAUCCCCAGACAGAUAACACGCCUUUGGCUCAUCCCCUUUAUUGCUGCAUUACAGCUGCAGCCAGUCACCAAUCAGCCCACGUUCCAGCCCAAGCUCAAAGCCGACGCCGCUCCGAACAGCUGCGAGGCAGCCGAACCUCCACCUGCACAGCAUCCCUCUGUGGUCGCUUUGCAUACAGACAAGCAAACAGGCAGACGCAGGCAGAUGGACAGACAGACAGACAGACAUCUCCUCUGGAGGAGAACAGCAGCUGUAGCAGUUCAGUAGCAGAGCUUUCGUCCAGCGAGGCUUUCCGUUGCACUUGCUGAAAGUCUUCAGGUAUCUAGUGCCGCUGAGUUGGAGCUUGACCCUGGGGCCUUUUCUGAAACCUUUCUUCAAAUGUGUGGCCCCGCAACCACUGACUGUGGAAAUCCACGCUUAUUUACAGAUUCAGUUUCACAGCUUUGACGUGCAGUGUUGCAGUGUCUGGCCUGCCCAGGUGUCCCGCAGCUUUUAACCCACACCAGAACGAUUUACCCCCUUGUCUCCUCGUCCGUGGAAUUGUUUGAAAUCAGGCGGCGACUUUUAAGUGGCUCGUAAGUUUGCAGCACCUCGGUUGAGAUUUUUUGAUGGAAAUAUUACGGGCCGCAUUUACAUUCGCUUUCUCCACACCUGCUGUACCACUUCACUCCAGCUGAGAUGGAUAGACUCUGAAUCUGCCAGUGCUUUUCUUGAAAGGAAAUGGGUAGAACUUGAAUUGAGGAAGGAGACGGCAUUCUCUGUUGCCAAGGAGGCUUAAAUCUGAGAGUCAAUCACAUUUUAUGUCAAAUUGGUCCCAAAUAUGCACUGUGGAGCUGUGUGGAGAAAAUCAAAGGGCAAUUCUUUUUACACUGCUUGAGAUGCUGUGUCCUAUCACAGGUAAAUAUAUCUGCACAGGUCACAAUCUUAAUGUGCAGAUUAAAUGUGUGGCCUUUCGUUUGAUGAGAUCCUCCUGUGAUAUUUUUCAAAUACUUGUAUGAAUAAAUUAAUAAAAUGUAUAUUUUGACAACUAA